AGCCUGCAGCGGCAGCACCCAGAAGUGAACAAAGCGACCCGGAAGCGGUGGUCUGAUUGGAGGCAGAAAGAACAUCAACCUUUUAUAUUAUAGCUGUACUCGCAAGACAAUAUCUGCAACCAGGACACAAGGAUGGCAGAGCCUCGAUUUAACAAUCCGUAUUUCUGGCCUCCACCACCGUCCAUGCCAGGCCAGCUGGAUAACCUGGUCCUCAUUAACAAGAUUAAGGAGCAGCUGAUGGCUGAGAAGAUCCGACCCCUGCACUUGCCACCUACCUCCACUCCCUCUCAGCAGUCUUUACUCGUACCCACCUCCUCCCCUGAUGGCAACUCGCAGCAUGGCAUGUCGGUGCUAAAGCCACAGCAGGUGCAGGGUCACCACCCACAGUCGCAGGGCUCUGGACAGCCAGACAUUGCUCUGCACGCUCGCUCCACCUCCAGCUCUGGUCCAGAUGGAAAUAUGGACGAUAAGUCUGCAGUAAAAGCCAAAGGAUUAUGGGAAGACUGGCACAUGAGACAGCUCAGUGAGCAACCUGGCCGGGUCAACCAUCGCUCAGGUUUGGCUCCUUCAUCUCGAUCCGAUAAUCAUAGCACCUCAGAGGCCCUGACCCCCACGACUCCAACCUCCAGCAGCCAGAGCCGGCUAGGUGGUGCUCCCUCUGUCAACAUCAUCUCUGGGCUGGCAAGUGGUCCUGGUAUGGACCAUAUGAAGGUCGGAGGCCUGGCAGGACUCUUGGGGCCCCCACCAAAGGCACCUCGGGGCAGAAAGAAGAUUAAAGCUGAAAAUGCAUCUGGACCUCUUCUUGUGGUUCCCUAUCCCAUCCUAGCUGACCAAGGCUGUGUCACUGUUGCACCCAAAGAGGGCAAAACAUACAGAUGCAAAGUCUGCCCGCUCACCUUCCUAACCAAGUCGGAGAUGCAAAUUCAUUCCAAGUCCCACACAGAGGCCAAACCACACAAAUGUCCCCACUGCUCCAAGACGUUUGCUAAUGCCUCGUACCUGUCCCAGCACCUGCGCAUCCACCUGGGGAUCAAACCCUAUCACUGCUCUUACUGUGAGAACUCUUUCCGUCAACUGUCACACCUGCAGCAGCAUACCAGAAUCCACACUGGUGAUAGGCCUUAUAAAUGUGCCCACCCUGGAUGUGAAAAGGCUUUCACCCAGCUGUCGAACCUACAGUCACACCAGAGGCAGCACAAUAAAGAUAAGCCGUAUAAAUGUCCUAACUGCUACCGUGCCUACUCAGACUCUGCAUCGCUGCAGAUCCACUUGUCAGCACAUGCCAUCAAAAAUGCUAAGGCCUACUGCUGUAGCAUGUGUGGCCGGGCAUACACCUCAGAGACCUACCUUAUGAAGCACAUGUCCAAACACACAGUGGUGGAGCACCUAGUGAGUCACCAGUCGCCCCAGAGGACCGAGUCCCCCAGCCUCCCCAUUCGUAUCUCCCUCAUCUGAACUCCCUGGACAUUCAGCCGUAAGAUUUAGGAGUCUGCGAUUGGCCGGAGCUCUCCAGGCCCUGCACCCACAGCCAUCUACAUAAGGCUUACAUUAGCAUUAUGACAGCUGACAUAAGCAUUCAGUGUUAGAUACAGUAAACAGACUGCCUCCAUCUGACUUGACCCGGGCCGUCUUGUCAAAAAUGAGCACAGCAUUAUUUAGUGAAUGUAACAGUACAGCUUGAUGUUGUCUGGGUGGAAUGAGCGGUGAAGAAUGUCUUGCGUCAGAUUCAAUAAGCACUUUCGUAAGCGUCAUGUAAACCGCUGGAUGUGUUGGCCGUUUAGAAAUUUUUUUUGUUUUGUUUUUUUCUUUCUGUGUGUGUGGGUGGCGGGGUGGUCUUUUUUUUUCCUUUUCCAUUAAAUGGGUUUCCAAAAUGUGCCAGACAAUAUUUACCCUUUUUAAAGAAAGUGGGGAAAAAAGUUUGUUGGGUGUAUUGUGGAGACAUCCAAAGAUCAUCUUAAAGCACUUUUCGGCUGUGUGAUUUUGGCUUAAAUUAUUUCAAAAUCAUUGGUUGGGAAAAAGCCAAAAGGCAUUUCUUGUGGCAGCUAAGAGUACAGAUUGUGUACAGUUAAUAGUAUUUUGUUACUUUCUUUGUUUAUUGUCACAUUUCCACAAAAGCACAGGGUCACCUAAAUUUGAUGAAAGGCAAUCUGGAUAAAGGCAAAAGACACUGAUUGUAUAAAAAAAGCUGAAUUAUUGAUUUGUGGAGACAAAAGGAAAAAAAAAAAAAAAAAAAACAGAGCAACAAAGAAAGUAAGCAUGCUUGCUUCUUUUUCCCCAGUUUUAAUACUGUGUCCGAAAUUGACAUUGUGGCACCUUUUAACGAGAAAAGGUGUUUUCCCCUCCACAUUUUCUGUCAUCUCAGUAAUUAGUGCAUUUACGAAUUCUAAAGUUUUAAGAGAAAGCAGAGCUUGUAAUGUGUGUACGUUUUCCUGCUCCACUUAAGCUUGGACUAUCACUUUCUAAGAAUUGGACAUGUUGCAGAGUUUGAAUACACUGCACUUCAGUGCUCCUCUACUCUGCUCAGCCCGCCUUUUUUUUUUUUUUUGGUCUGUUUGUUUUAAAGGAAACACUCUUCAUAAGGAAUAAAUUUUACUUUUGAUUUUAAAUCUAGCCAAAAUGUGAAAUUAUUGUACAGCUACUCUAAACCAGUCAAGACUUCUUUUUUUUUUUUUUUUUUCCAAAUCUACAAUAAGCUUUACCCUUUUGGAAUAAACUGCAGUAUAAGUCAUAUUCAGUAUGCUUACAUUAUGAGUGUACGCAGCAGUGAAUCCUCUCCCUUUUCUCUUUAGUAUUUUUACUGUAUACAGUAUUGUUUAUUGUAUUUUUACUGUAACCUCGGAAUGGUACUAAUAGGGUUCCCUGUAUUCUUCAGGGUGCUUCAGAAAAGGUGCUGCGGCUGAACGUUGACGUUUGAGAUAGAACUAAGAAUAAUGUAAAAUACAUAUAACAUAUAUUGUAUGUUUUCAAAAGAAUAAAAACUUAUUACUCAAGCCACUGGCCUGAAAACGGACAUCUACGCCAACAACAGACCCUGCCUCUUCAACUUAUUCUCUUUUUCGAGAUAAUGGGAAAAUGUACAUGUUGCUGUACUGUAAAACAUGUUACUCAUUUAUAGUACCUAUUUUUAAGUUUCCAUAAACAUGUUCUGUUUGGAUUUUGUAAAGGUUUAUGAAUUUACUGUAAUUAUUUUAGUCUACCUGUACGUUAUUAAUAUUCAUGUUUUAUAUUGGUUAUUUACAUGUAAGCCUUAACUGUUUUAUCACCCCAGUUCCAUUACUCUGUAUUGUGUUCUGCAGUAUUAAGUCUUGUAAACUUUUUAUUUUGUUUCUUCCGCAUGGAGAUCCUGAGCUGUAAUCUGUAUAACUGUUUAACCCAUGUUCUCUAUGAAAAGAUAUUGCGUAGAUUUAUUACACUUUUUCCUGUCUUGCAUUGUGGUUUCAUAUACAGUUUCUAGACAACUAAAUAUGCACAGCCGAGACUGAGAAGCUAAACUAAGAUUAUCAAUGUUUGAAAAAAAUUGAAAAAAAAAAAAAAGCUUUGUAUCUUUACCUUGUUUAAUAAA